GCCCUGCCCGCCCCUCCGGCGCAGCGUCCCGUCCCCGCGCCCUUUCCGGGAAGCGCGGCGGGCGGUGGCGAGCAUGGCGCGGGCCGUGCUGGCCCUGGGCGAGAGCCUGCAGGCCGAGGUCACUUGCUCCGUGUGCCUGGAGCUCUUCUCCGAGCCCGUCAUCACGGAGUGCGGCCACAACUUCUGCGGGCGCUGCCUGGCGGCCGAGACACUCCAGGACAACCUGGAUUUUCUACAGAAAGAGAGAGAAGACUUUAAGCCCGAAGGAGAGAAGCAAAGCGAUGCCCUGCUGGGGAAGGUGGCCUCGGAGCGGCAGAGGCUGCGCGACACCUUCGAGCAGCUGCAGCGGUUCCUGCAGGAGCAGGAGGGUGUCCUGCUCACCCAGCUCGACCAGGCACAUCGGGAGCUCACCGAGGAGCAACGCCGGUAUGUCUCCAGCAUUUUAGAGAGGACAUCACUGCUGGACACACUGAUUGUGGAGAUAGAGAAGAAACGUGACCAGCCCGUGGUUGAAUUUCUUAUGGAUGUUGACAAAACCCUGAGCAGCUGUGAGGCGGCGAAGGCCCCGAUCCCAGAGCCUGUUUCCCUGGAGCUGCAGAGGACCCUUGAGAGCUUCUCUGAGAUGAGCCAGCUGGUUGUGGACACAGUGGCCAAAUUCAAAGUGGACCUGCUGAGCAAAAUUGACAGAGAAAGGGUGAAUGUGACACUGGACCCCGAGACGGCCAGCUCGGACCUGACGCUCUCAAAGGACUGUAAAACUGUGCGGCUGGGAGAUGGACAGCAAAACCUCUGCGACACCCCUAAGAGAUUCACAGGCAGCCCCAGCAUCCUGGGCUGCCCAGGGUUCACGGGUGGGAGGCACUACUGGGAGCUGGAGGUAGGGGACGGGGACAGCUGGGCUGUGGGGGUGGCCGUGGAGUCUGUGCGGAGGAAGGACUCGCUCAGCAUGGCCCUGGGGAAGAUCUGGGCCCUGCGGCUGGACUGGAACCACCAGUACACGGCGCUCCACAUGCACCCCACUCUGCUGGAACUGAAGGAAGAGCCUCGGAGAAUCAGGGUCCACCUGGACUAUGAAGCAGGCCAAGUGACCUUCUACAAUGCAGAGAACAUGACACAGAUCUUGCAGUUCAAGGCCUCCUUCACCGAGAAGGUCUUCCCAUACUUUUGGCUCUGGUCACAAGAAACAUAUAUUCAGCUGUGUGACUGAGGGGCUCCGGAUGCCUCCCAGUGCCCUGCCCAUGCCCUUGGCCAGCUGAGCAGGUGUGGGAAUGGUGCAGUAUCACAUUGCAAACUCGCUGCAGCUGUGCCUGGGCUUGAUCCCCUCUGCGUGUUGGUGCAUCUCUUCCUGCCAAGUCCUUUGGAGCAUUAAAGAUGUGUUGUCCUGCUUG